CCUCCCGAAACUUUCCACGGGAAUGCGAGAUUAAGUGCUAAGAUAAUAUUGUUCAAAUUGGAGAUUUCAGCCGUGACGGCUUUGGAUGUUGCAGAAGAGCCCCAGAGCUCCUGGAAUGCAACUCCAAAUGCAGCUCUCGACUCUUUCGCAGAACCACAGCAACACAAAAAAAACAUCAACAGGGAGAGGGAGAGGUCAUUAACAGUGUGCAGAAAGACAGCAGAAGAAAAAAAAAAAAGUUGGCACGUGUCUAAUCAGUGAAGUGAGAAGAUAAGGAGAGGAUCUCUGGGGGUCAGGCUCACGUGAGGCCAGUCACUCGUACGCGUCCGUCUAAAAGAGGCAGGUCUGGACGAGUCGAGGGAGGAAAGACGAGACUCGGGGACAGUGAAGAGAGGAACAUAUGUGGAGGGAAGAGAGAAAUCAACAUGCAGCUCUGAGUGGAACUACAGCAGGCAUUCUGAUGGGAGAGUGCGUCCACUCAGGGCCUGCCUGACACUUCACUGAAUGAGAGGAAGAGGGGGAGAAAAAAACAGGACUUUAGACUGACUUCGUGGAAAGAAGGAAAAGCUCGGCAGGCGGACUUCAACAAAGAGGAUUCACUUGAGAACAAGAGAGACAAAGAGUCAGGGACUCACGGUUGUCAACCAUUAGAGGAUAAAGACAGCGCUAGUGAUGGAGCAGAAGGAUGAGCAGCUGACGUACGCGGAGGCCAUCGCGCGAGCAGGGGACGCCAUCCGCCGCUUCCCCCUGAUCAAGAUCCGUGGCGUCCCUCUGAUGAGCCACAUCGCCCAGAACUGGAGCUCCGUCUGGGCCUUCCGCCCCGACCCCUCCGACCUGCUCAUCUCCACCUACCCCAAAGCAGGAACCACCUGGACUCAAGAGAUUGUGGAUCUGUUGCUGAACAACGGGGAUCCAGAUGUGUCCAAGAGAGCUCCGAUAGCAGUCAGGAUUCCCUUCCUGGAAAUCUUUUCCCCCCCACCAAUUCCAUCAGGCCUGGAUCUCCUGAAGGACAUGGACCCGCCCCGGGUCAUCAAAACUCACCUGCCCAUACAGCUGGUGCCCGAGGGAUUCUGGGAGAACAAGUGUAAGGCGAUCUACGUGGCGCGUAAUGCCAAGGAUAACCUGGUCAGCUACUACCACUUUGACCGCAUGAACCUGACGCAGCCAGAGCCGGGACCCUGGGAUGGAUACAUCCACAAGUUCAUGAAGGGAGACCUGGGCUGGGGCUCCUGGUAUGACCAUGUGAAAGGCUACUGGAAGGAGAGAGAGAGAAGGAACAUCCUCUACCUCUUCUAUGAAGACAUGAAGGAGAAUCCUCGGCAGGAGAUCAUACGCAUCAUGAAGUACUUGGACCUGUCGCUCUCUGAUGACAUCAUAGACCGCAUUGUGCAGCUGACCUCGUUCAAGGCCAUGAAAGACAACCCCAUGGCAAAUUACUCCUUCAUCCCGAAGCCUGUGUUCGACCAAUCCAUUUCUCCCUUUAUGAGAAAAGGGGAAGUUGGAGACUGGGCCAACCAUUUCACUCCAGAACAGGCCAAGAUGUUUGACGAGGACUACGCCAGACAGAUGGAAGACGUGGACAUCCCCUUCAGAUCCAACAUCUAAGGACGUCUUCUACGUCUAUGUCUACGCUCUCUUUAUCUCUUUCCCGGGUCGGUCUCCGACUCUUUUCUAGCCUGUCCAGCCCUUUCUGAUGACCAAAACGCCAGGGUGCCUUCGAAGCUGUAAAGCCAAAGUCAAGUAGUCUUAUUUUUUUAAUGAGCUGGAAACUGAGCUCUGCCUUCAGUGUCUUAGAAACAUCUUAAAAGCUAAGGAGCAAGCUGAGAAAACAUAUAUUUUUUUGAUUACCGUGACUGAUAUUCAUCAAUAAAUUAUAACAUAUGAUAAUAACCUGGUUGUGUGUUGUGUU